GGCGACCAUGGAACCAAUCUCUGACAGACGUUCGGUAGUGACAGUCCGAUCGAAGACGACUCGACGAAUCAAAUUCUAUUAUGGAGACUCUACUCGAAGAUUUCAUCUCUGACGAAGAUCUGAAGACAUGUGAGAAGCUUUACAACGACGAGUUGCGGAGAGGGAUAAGGAACCCCAAAACCAAGUUCGACUACGCUUGGUGCCUGAUACGCAGCAGAUAUCCGGCCGAUACUCGCAAGGGUGUUCUCUUCAUGGAAGAUCUCUUCAAGAAUGGGGACGAGAGUGCACGUCGUGACUAUGUGUACUAUCUGGCUUUCGGCAAAUGCAAACUCAAGGAAUACAGCUCUGCGAACAGGUACAUCAAAGCAUUCCUGGAAAUCGAGCCCUCGAAUAGACAGGCGAAGGAACUGCAAGAAGUGAUACAGAAACGCAUCACGAGAGAGGGCUUGGCGGGCGCUGCGAUCGCUGGCGGCAUCGUUGCCGUUGUUGUCGGAACCGCUUUUGCCUUGCUGAAGAAAUGAUCCCAAUCAAGCUCGAUAUUGAGCUCUCGAAGAGCGUCGCGCGCUCGGAGCCUUCGGGAGCUGAUAGGACUCCCACCGUUGGACUGUUGAGUCGGAAAGUUCUCCGGGAUCAGUGUUGAGUCGAGUUCAUUCCUCGGCCAGGACCUUUUAUGGGAAAAUAAAAUGGCGCUCUGUUUCGUUGGUCCCAAAA